AAAAAUAAUUACACACAGUUUUAAAACAAUAAACUUUAAAAAAAGAGUCAGAUAGAUAAGUACAUUACAUACUACUGGUAUUGAUUUGGCAAUAACUUCCUACCGGAUUGGUAGCAGUGGUAAAUUUUUCAUUACUACAUUACUAAAUGGUAAUGUCUGUUAUUACCAGUGCCGGUAGAGUCAUACAUACAUGUAAAUACUCUCGUCAGUAAUGAUUUAAUACCAGUUUCCUAAGAGUGUAUACGCUUAAAAAUCUGGUAGAGUCGCAUAUGUAUAAACUCGUCACUCGGUAAUCGUAUUGAAUUAAAUCAUUACAAUUUAGUGAUAUCGUGGUAAUGGGAAAUUUACCACUGGGAAGCAAAAUUCCACCAAUCGGGUAGGAAAUUAUUACCGGAGCGGAUAUCAGUAUGACUAUCAGAUUUUUAAGUGUAGUGCUUUAUGUGAGUAUUUUUCCGUUUUAUUUAAAAUACGGGAAUUUUAUCGAUAUUUUGACGAUUAAAAAAGUUGACUAAACCACGAGGGAUGUAAAAUGUAGCUAUUUAACGGCGUUUUUCAUAUUUAUGAACAUCUAUUACGGCAAUAACUGGCUAUAGAUAUAUAAGUCUUUUGUUUUGAGUAUUAUUUUUUCAUAACCCACCUCUGGUUUUCUACUUUUUCUGAAAUUACUAAAUAUUUUUCACUACCAAUUAUUACCAAUUGGUAACAACCGACCUGAUUGGUGGCAGUUUGUUUCUCAAUUGCAACCUUUUCAUUGCCACAACGUUGCAAAGUGAACAUUGAGAAAUGGAAAUGAAAAAUAUGUAGUAAUUUUUUAAAAAAAAGUAGAAACCAGAGCUGGGUUAUUAAAAAAUAAUACUCACCAAUACAAUUAUAUAUCUAUAGCCAGUUUUUGCAGUAAUAGAUAUUCAUAAAUAUGAAAAACAACGUUAAAUAGCUACAUUUUAAGAAAUUCCUCGUGGUUUAGUCAACUUUUUUUAAAUCGUCAAAAUAUUGACAAAAAAACUUUACAUAAAAUCCUACACUUAAAAAUCUCAUAAUCUGAUAUAUACUCUGUAUAGGUUUUGAUUUGGCAAUAACUUGUUACCGGAUUGGUACUAGUUUGUUUCUGAGUUGUUAAAUUUUUGAUUGCCAUAAAAUUACUAAACCGUAGUGCCCGUUAUUACCAAUACCGGUAACAAAGUCAUACAUACAAGUACUCCGGUCAGCAAUAACUUAAUACCAGCAUUUUUUAUGAUCAUGAUCAACAUACCUUUCGUUAAACUUUGCAAAUUUUCCCCAAUUUAAAACAAAGAUCAGAGUACAAUUUGUAAAUUUUUUGCAAACUUUUAUAAUUCACACCGGAACUGUAGCAUUUUUUUGAUUAUGAGGUUGCGAAGUGGUCGUCGUUGUGACUAGGGUUGGUCAUCCGAUCCGAUCCGAUCCGAUCGGAUUAUCCGAGAUUAUCCGACCACUUACUAUAACAUGUAUCCGAUCCGACCCAAUCCGAUCCGUCGGAUUAUCCGACCAUGUUGUAGCAAAUGGUCGGAUAAAAAUAUCCGAUCCGAUCCGACGGAUCGGAUAUUAUCGGAUUGGAUAGGACCAACCCUAGUUGUGACGCAUUUUUUCGUCACCGGCUUCGUCGUCGUACUCACAAGAAUUUCAUGUUUUGGUGUCACAUUUCUAUUACUCGUCACAUGAUGUACAUUUUGCGUCACAAUUUUGUAACUUGGUCCAAUUUUUUCCGUUAUUAUGAGCUUCACUAUCGGAGGUGAGGGUGCCGUCGUGGCCGGAUUUUGUGGCGUCAGGAACACCGCAGAUUUUUCUGUUGUCGUCACUGUGUUAAUGACCUUAUUAUUACUCGUCGAAUGCGCGGGCGCAGGCAUUUUUGCGCGCGCGGGGGCGCCUUCAUAUUUGUUCUGAUGAGAUACAUUUGUCCCAAAAUUUUGGCCGUUAAUUGGGCCCGGAAAUGAUUCGACCUGGUUCAUUAUUGGGGGAGGAUCCUGUAUAUUUGUGUAAAAUUUGGUAAAUUUGUACCCCCUUAAUUUUCGGAUAUGUGUGCAAUUUCUUUUUACUUUACUUUAGCGGGUGGGAAGAUAUUUUCUUUGAAGGAGGGGUUUAAUGAAUGUUUCCGGGGGGUUUGAAUCUGGCCACGAUUACGGUAAAAUUCCUGCCGGCGUCGUAAAUCCCGCCGAUUCCUAAUCUUCGGAUACGUUCCCAAACUGUGCAAUUUUUUUUUUAAUUACAUUAUUUAUCAACCAUAAUUUUGUAAUAACCCUUACAAAUUACUAAAAUUUCGAUCAAUUUGCCAAUAUUUUUUCACUAUUUAUCAAAAUGUUCGUAAACACAAUAAUUCACAAAUAAAACCGAAUUAUAUGAAUUUCCGUUAUUAUAACAAAAACACGAUGAUGUAUCGCUAUUUCGCCGAUUUCGCAAAUUGUAUGAAUUUUUACCCUAAUUUAAGCUUGAAAAGGUAUCCUGGUUUGAUUGACACAAGUUUGAAUAUUAACUCUUAGAAAUCAUUAAAAGACACUGAUCGAAUUUCAUGAGCAACUUUACAGCCAAAAUAAAUGAUAUCUGCAAAAUGUCCCAUUUCUGAAAUGUGUUUUAAAAUUUUCUACAUAUUCUGAAGACUGAAUUUAACUUUAAACAAAAAAUGGGACAUUUUGCAGUCAUCACUUAUUUUAGGGUAAACCACCACCACUUUUGCCAUACUUAUCUCAUGCAUUUUAAUUUAUUGCGCUGUGCACCGUUGUUAGAGGUAACUAAAUGGAGUCAUAUUUUCAUAUUGCUGCAUUAUUAUUAUUUGAAAAUACCAAAAAAUAACCCGAUCGAGCUUUAUAAUAAAUCCAGCUGCUUUUAUCAAUCAUGCCGCACACUAUUUGUUUUUUGGACGACUGUCACAGACGGAUUAAGUCGAACCAGAAACGGCAUCGACUGGGAGCGUCUGCACUCUGGCCCUUGUAUUGUCGACUGUACCAUGAUGAGGAGGAAGCACACAAAACCGAGGUCAUAUGCGAAGCAUGCCACAUCAAGAUUCGCUCUCAAUUGAAGGAUGAAGGGACGAAACAAUUCCGGAGGUCAAAACCUAAAGUAAGGGGAGAGGGUGUCAUUCUACCGAGCCGAACAAGAUUAAAUAUGAGAAGAGAAGACAAUGAUGCUUGUGGCGCUGAGGAGGAAGAUCGUCGUGGCGCUGAGGAGAAAGAUUGUCGUGGCGCUGAGGAGGAAGAUCGUAGUGGCGCUGAGGAGGAAGAUCGUCGUGGCGGUGGCGAAGACGAUGCUCAUGGCGCUGAGGAGGAAGAUCGUCGUGGCGGUGGCGAAGACGAUGCUCAUGGCGCUGAGGAGGAAGAUCAUCGUAGUGGUGAUGAAGACGGUGCUGGUGGCGCUGAGGAAGAUAGUGGUCGUGGCGAUGAUGGAGACCGUGGUCGUGAGGAAAAUUAUGCUCGUGGAGGUGACGACGACUAUUUUUGUUGGGCUGACGACGACCAUGCUCAUGAGGGUAAAGAUGACGAUGCUCAGCAAGAGAUUGACCGCUUUGAGUAUGGAUUAUUGGACAUGGAGCUUGACGAAGUCCAUUUUAAUAGUGGAUUUGAUACUACAUCCCGUCAUGAAAACUCCAUGGCUAUUUCAAUAAGUGGCAGAAGUGAGAUCCAGUCAGAAUGGAGCACUCAAGGCACAACAGUGACGAUGACCGCCCGAAGUCACUCUCAAGCGUCAAUCGUUUCGUCUCUUUCCUGCGACCCAUUCAACUCCUAAGUAUCGAUGUCCAGCACUCAAUCAAGUAAAU